AUGCCCCUGCGACUGCUGGGGGCGGAGCGUAACAGCAUGCCGAUUUCGUGGAGGAUUGUCACCAUCGCAGCGGACGACGAGCUGGUGACGAGCGGGCAGCUGAAACAUUCCCUCAGCGAUUUACUGGAUCGUGUUCGCGAGUACUACCCUCCCCCUCUCUCACCUCCCUCUCUCUCACCUCCCUCUCUCUCACCUCCCUCUCUCUCACCUCCCUCUCUCUCACCUCCCCCUCUCUCACCUCCCUCUCUCUCACCUCCCCCUCUCUCACCUCCCUCUCUCUCACCUCCCUCUCUCUCACCUCCCUCUCUCUCACCUCCCUCUCUCUCACCUCCCUCUCUCUCACCUCCCUCUCUCUCACCUCCCUCUCUCUCACCUCCCUCUCUCUCACCUCCCUCUCUCUCACCUCCCUCUCUCUCACCUCCCUCUCUCUCACCUCCCUCUCUCUCACCUCCCUCUCUCUCACCUCCCCAGCCCUUUAAAUAUUUCUUCGCUCCUUCAUUCCGUCCGUUGCUUCGUUGUCGCUCCCCCAAUCCCUGCUUCGGCGCCUCCCCCUCUCUUUCUCUUCCACAAGCAGCAGAAGAAGAGGCGCGGGAAAGACCCCCCCGACUCCAAGGCUUGCGAACGAAGAGCCUGGAGAGGGGAGCGUGGGGCGGCGGAAGCGGAGGAAGCGGAGGAAGCGGAGGAAGCGGAGGAGGAAGAGCCCUGAUCCGAACCUCACGAAUUGGCGGUCGAGAUUCGUUGAUCGGACGCGUGACGUUAGGAGAGGAGGAACCCGAACCCGAGGAGGAAUGGGGGAAGUCUGGAAGAAAAGCAGACGAAGCGGCGGAGGAUCAAGCGGAACAAGCAGCCAGGCAAGCCAGGGAAGCAGAGGAGGCGGAGAAAGCAGCGGUGCAAGCGAAGGAAGCGGAGCAAACAGUGCUGUAUGCGCACAGCACGUGGCGAAUCCUCUGCCCCACUCUGCGCCGCCCCUUUCUCAAGAGCCUGGGCAGCUCGCACCUACCCAAGAAACACCAUGGCAGCUCGUACCUACCCGAGAAACAGCCGCAGCAGCAGGAGCGGCAGAAUAGGCUUGUCCGCAGCCCCCCUGUACCUGCAUGCUGUUCUGCCUAUGCUCUGCCGGAUUCCUCAUAUUCAGCCUCGUCUGAAACAGAUUCGUUAUCGUCCAAGGCUGCGUGCUCCAGCCGGGCGGUGUAUCGAAUCCCCCAAAGCAUAUCAGAUACGGAUCUCAGGGUCACGGGCGUGUGGAGGCUGAUUGCCCCACCCGAGAGCCAUGGGCUUCCGGGGUUGGUCUCUCCUCUUGGGCUCGGAGGGAAUGGAGGAGUAAGCAGUGGAGGAGAAGGAGGAGGGGAAGGAGGAGGAGGGGAAAAAGGAGAAGGAGGGGAAGGAGGAGGAGGGGAAAAAGGAGAAGGAGGGGGAGGCGUCACACCUCCCUCCUCUAUCCCUUCCUCUCUCUUCCUCAUCUGGAUCCCCUCCUCUCACUCCCUCAUCUCAACCCCCUCCUCUCACUCCCUCAUCUCAACCCCCUCCUCUCACUCCCUCUUGCCAACCCUCUUCUCUCACUCCCUCAGACUCCUUGACCCCGUCUGCUCGCCGCUCCAGCCUGAAAUCAGCUGCUACCUCCGCUGCUUCUCCAAGAACCGGCUCCCCUCCUCUCACUCCCUCUCACCCCACCGCAUCCCCAUCCCCCGCUGCUCGCCGCUCUAG